AUGUUGGGCUCAUAUUCCCCAGUGUCCAGCGAAACUGUCAACGUCGAUCCAAAAGAUUUCGCCAUAUUCGUCCAGAAAAAUGAAGCCAGCUUCAAAAUGCUCUACAAAAAGCUCAGAAAAGGAAUGCAGGAAGCAAAAGGGCCUGGAAUACUCAAAAAUAUAUUCCCUCUCGAAAGAGAUAUAGAUGAUAACAGGAUCACAGAAGAACUCAAAGAACUGUACAUGGAUGUUAGACACGUCAAAGGGGUCAUCGAUGAGUCGUUAGCCGGACCUCCUAAUUCAAAGGGUUCUCAUGACGUCGGUGCCACGCAACAGUCCGCAAAUACAAUCGAGCAAACGUUGGCAUGGGCCGAUAGUCUUAACACACGACAAAUUAGGGUCCCAGAUAGAGUAUGGCAAGGAUACAGCGAUGGAAUCAUCGACAUGCCCGUCUUUGAUGUUAUAGGCGGGCUUUAUCAAGAGUUGGGCGUCGGUAUCCCGUUUAGCAGAUAUGACAACCCGCUAGUGCUAGCAAAAUGGCUUUAUGCAUUCAGACCGUUCGACGAACCCGAAGGAGACGAUGAGGACGAGAUAGGAGAAGACAAGGAAGUUACUACUGCAACCAUAGAUAUAGAUGCACCGCGUUUCAAAACGCUGACAAUAGCGGAUCUUGCAACUACUAUAAAGGAAAUGGCUUUCCAAGGCCGUGAGCUUACAAUGGAAAUUCGGGAUCCGGAGUUUCGCGGUCCCAUUCCCAAAACAAUUUAUUCCGAUUGGAAAUCACCAAUCGUUUGGGUUCAGAGAUACUUAGAUGAUUGGGUGGAAAUUUUGGAAGGUAUCAAAGAAAUUUUAGAAGAUGUACAUAUGUUGGAGGUCGAGUAG